AAGGCGCGCGGCACCGCACGGCGCCGCAUCACCGCACACACUGCGCUGCCACGAACGGGCGCCGAGCCCGCCCGCCCCGCGGGGCCGCCCUCCCUCCCUUCCCCUCCCUUCCCUUCCCCUCCUCCCGUCCCGUCCCGUUGUCGUGCCGCCUCGCGGCCGGCGCUGCCGCAGCACGCACCAUGCCCGCCGACCUGAUGGAGAAGAGCAGCGCCUCGCCGGUGGCCGCCACCCCCGCCAGCAUCAACGCGACGCCCGAUAAACCCAAAACGGCGGCGGAGCAUCGGAAGUCAUCCAAACCCAUCAUGGAGAAGCGGCGGCGGGCGCGUAUCAAUGAGAGCCUGGGGCAGCUGAAGACGCUGAUCCUGGACGCGCUGAAGAAGGAUAGCUCGCGGCACUCCAAGCUGGAGAAGGCCGAUAUCCUGGAGAUGACCGUCAAACACCUGCGGAGCUUACAGCGGGCACAGAUGACCGCUGCGCUGAGCACAGACCCUACAGUGCUGGGCAAGUACCGCGCCGGCUUCAGCGAGUGCAUGAACGAAGUGACGCGGUUCCUCUCCACCUGCGAAGGUGUCAACACUGAGGUGCGCACCCGGCUCCUGGGCCACCUGGCCAGCUGCAUGACCCAGAUCAACGCCAUCAACUACCCCGUGCCGCCCCCGCCGCUGCCACCGCCACCCGCAGCCUUCGGGCCACCCCUGGUGCCGCCGGGUGGAGGUGCGGGGCCGCUCCCGGCCGUACCCUGCAAGCCAGGUACUGAUGCAGCCAAGGUGUACGGUGGCUUCCAGCUGCUGCCUGCCUCCGAUGGGCAGUUCGCCUUCCUCAUCCCCAGCGCUGCCUUUGCUCCCGGUGGGGCUGUGCUGCCCCUCUAUGGCGGUCCUCCUACGGCUGCCACCACCGCCUCACCCUCCGGCCCCUCACCCGGCUCCGCUGACUCAGUCUGGAGGCCCUGGUGAGGGUGCCAAGCACCGGACUGGACUGAGCACCGCGCCCCGUGCUGCUGGCACGACUGUACAUAGGUUAUACGUUCAUAUUGGAUUGUGCCUUUGUACCAUAGCACUCCCUCCGACAGUGUUUCGUGUUUUACACGAGAUCUUUUUUUUCUCCCUUCCUUCCCCUUCCUUAUGUGACACCAAAGAUUGGGAUUUUUUUUUUUAAUUUUUUUUUUUUUUGAAUGCUCUUAAAAUAAAAAGAGUCUCUUCUGUUUUGGAAGGCCUUUGGAGAUACCUGGAGUGCUGCCUGUGUGCUCGGAGGGAGCCCAAGGACUGUGCUGCUGUGGGGCUGGAGCUGUGUGUGGCAGACCCCUGUCCCCUUUGUGUCUUGGGAAAUCGACUGGCCCUUUCCAUGCCCCUGGGCAGAUGUAAUUCCUGCUUCCCUGGGAGCAGCCUGGCUGAUCUGACCUGCUCAAAGUGUUGUGUUUGCAGAGCUGUUGUGUGCACUGGAGGAGGCACCUCUCAGCUGCUCACGUGCAGUGAAACAGAUUGAGCAUGGAGCCUCCUGCCCAGACCCCAGGGCCCUGUCCCUGGUGUAAAUCACCGGUGCCUGCAGCCUGGUGAUUUACAGGAGUGCCUGCCAGUGUCUCGUGUUACAACUGUGGGACAGGCCGGACGCAGUGCUGUGUCUCAGGGCUGACAGGCUGCAGCAGGCGGUGCUGGGUACCACCUCCACCUGGAGCUGGAGGCACGGAGCACGAGUCAGGCUGUGCCGGAUGAUUAAUGCUCUGCAUGUGGUUUUGAUAGAGUUGGGCAUUUCCUCUGCUUUAAUAUGGAAAACACAUGUUGGGAGAGUGAGGUGGGGCUGUGUGGGCUGCCUGCCUCUGUAACUGUGAGCUGCAGCUGACCCUCCUGACUUGGUCAUGCCCCAUUUCCAGGCAAGAUGUGAGCCCUAGAUAGGGGCAAGUGGUGGUCUCGGGUUACAGCUCACAUCGCCCUUCCUAACAAGUCCUAACUCAGAACGGACAGCUUUAAACCGAGCCAAGAUCCAUCGGGGAUUUCUUCCAAAUCCCCCACAGAAGCGUGUCAGGUUCUGCCUGGCUCAGCCAGGUGCUUGGCUGCAUCCAGGUGCUGGGGAAGUGCGAGCUGUGAAGUGUGAGAGCAGGCAGGGUCUGAGGGCUCCCCUCUCUGCAGCUUCCUGAUCUGAGAGCGCUUCUUGGGAUGGAUUUUGGAGGGGGAGAGAUGUCUGCAGUCUCUAUCUCCACAGGGCUUACAGAUGAGGAUGUGCUUGGUGAUGGCUGUCUUCUGAAAGCAGCUGCAGAGGAUGAUCUCCCAAGCAUCCGGGUGAUGACCAGCAUUCUCCUCUCCUUUUUGUAUGUAGAUUCCCCUGCAUCUCCCUGUGCCUUUGCUUUUACUACUGCCUUCACUGUGGCAUCCAGCAGCCGGGCUUUGUGUAUCUGGGGCUGCCUGCCCUUGUGUCAGCUCUGCACUGCUGCUGGUGACAUGGCAGGACCAAGCCUGCCGUGCUCUCAAGGGGCAUUUGCAGGACCUGCCUGCUCGGGAUCCGUGUUGCCUGGUGCAGGUGGGAGCUGCAUGCUUCACGUCUGGGAGCUGUUGCUACUCCAGCUGGACAGGGCUCUCCUGCUGGGAAAGCACAUAAAGAGGAGGCUAUACAGUGGGCUAAUGGACAGUGUAUAGAUCUGGGAGUGAAAGGAAAGACAAAGUGAUCUGCUAAUGGAGUUCAGAUUGCACAUGUAGCCUAUCUGCUGUAUGCUAGGCUCUGGCUUCUCCAAAGCUUUGUGUUUGCUCAGUCCCACAGCAUGUUGACGUGAGAGAUC